CGAUAUAAUUUCACAUUGCGUGACCCCUUGAGUUAGCACGUGGUGGGCGCACACACACAUAACAAACUUAACACGUUUGUCAACAACGUUGCGGCCUUAACUGCAAAAUAUAUUCAGCAAUAGGCAAUGCAUUUCAUUCAUGGAGCAACAUUGGACGAAAUUGCUUAUUUUUUCUAAUUCGUGCUUUGGUUAAAGCUUGAACAACUUGUGAUUGGUUGAUGGUUCGCAGUUGUUGGCUCGUGGUUGUUGUUAUUUGACCGUUAACUCGUAAAUUCGCAUGGAUGUCUCAACCCAUACGGUGGCAUGGACUGCGUAGAAACAACAGUAGCAUCAUUACCUGCGCAAGUCUCAGCAGCCGUGGGUUCAAUGCUGGACGACCUCUUACGACAGCGCGGGGCUCUGCCACUCACGACCCGGCGUCAAGGUCAACAUCGGGAGAGGAUGGAAGGGGUGAUGUCUUCAUUCCGAUUUACCGCUUCCCGGCCAUCAGAGCGACGCGCUUCAUAUCGCGACUCAAGAACGUGCAGACGAUAUUCAUGGUGGUUGCAUUGCCACCCAUCUAUUACCUGCACACGCAGGGCCUGGUGGACGAGUACUCAUUGCGGCUAACGUCGGGCGUUGCCGCCCUCGCCUGCUGCUCCCUCUACGGCAUCAGCCACUACCUGCGACGCUGGGUGGGGCUGAUGGCGCUGAGCGCCGACGGCAGCACGCUCCGUGUGUCGCACCUCUCCUUCUGGGGCGGGCGCCGCGACCGCUUCGUGCCCGUGGCGGACGUGGUGCCGCUCUCCGAGGGCCGUGACCGACCCCAGGACCCGCUGCUAGCGCUGCGCUGCUACUCGCACCGCGACGUGCUGUACUUCUCGCUGCGCUACGGCCGCGUGCUCGACGGCGUGAAAUUCCGCGCCGUCUUCGGCGAUACGUUCGUCUCACCGGAUCGGUGAUGGUGAAAAUAAAAAACACACCAUGCUGCCGUAAGAAUGUGGAGUUGAAACCACUGGCACAGAACUAAUAUUGGCGAGCGGGAUAAGAGGCUCGUUUGAGCAGGAAGACAUGCUCUUA